AUAUUUACCAUGGUUAAGCGUCAUAGCAUAUAUUUGGAUGUUUAAGCUCUAUCGCAUAUUGCAAUGAUUAAGAAUUUUUUUUCGUCUUUCCAGUUUAAAUUCAGUAGUUGGUUACUGCAAGGGUACCCACAGGAGUUCAAGGUUGCAAAUUGUACAUCCGAAUGCGACUGCUCAAAUGCUCUUAGUUUCCGAGAUGUGACGGUUUUUGUCUUUUUCUUAAAUGUUCAAAGAACUAGGGUAUAAAAAUUUUCGUAAAAUUUUAGUUCCCCAUAAUUAUAAUGAGGCUCUGUCAGGGAGGGCACUCUUAGAGGUAGCGAGCUUUUCCUCUAAAUAUGACUGCUUAAAUUCUCGCAGUUUUCGAAAUAUGUCAUUUUUAGUGAUUUUUUUUUCAAAAAAAAAUUCAGAAAAUUAAAAUUAAAAAGUUCCUAACCCUGUAGAUGGGGGCUGUCUGAGUACUCUCAAGGGUUGCAAAUCUUGUCCCCGAAUAUGACUGCUCAAAUCUAAGUAGUUUUUCAGAUAUGACGUUUUUGUGAUUUUUCAAAACUUUUCUAAGAACGCUGAAGUUUGUAGUUUCUUGAAAUUUGACAUUCAGAACCCUGUGGUUGGAUACUGAGAGUACUCUCAAGGGAUGCAAAUCUUGCUCCUAAAUAUGACUGCUCAAAUCUAAGUAGUUUUUCAGAUAUGACGUUUUUGUGAUUUUUUCAAAACUUUUCUAAGAAAACUGAAGUUUUGCAGAUCUUGCCUCCAAGUACGACUGCUCAAAUGCUCUAAGUUUCUGAGAUAAGACGUUUUUCUGUCCUUUUAUAAAUUUUCAAAGAUAUGGUUUUUCAGAAUUUGAAUUAAAAAAAACGUAAAUAAAAAAUUUUUAAAAUUCGAAUUUACCAGCCCUGUAAUUGGGUGCUGUCAAUUUCGAGGCACCGGGCUUCACGCUAGUUUUAUUUAAAAAAACACAUGUGUAUUUUCACGUUAGUAUGUGACGUUUUCCUUACGAAAAUCUGUGCUUGUUAAUUAUUGUAAUCCAAAUUAUUCAUUUCAAAUAGAAACUGAAGUUGAAACUCCAAUGAAUUUUUUUUCGUGAUAUUUUUACGCUUGCGAUUAGCAAGCGUUAUAAAAUCGGAAUAUAGCUUUUCGGGUUAACAGCUUGUUUAACAGAAUCACUUGGUUUAUAAUGAAUUCAAAAUUUCUAAGCAUCUCUGGCACACUUAGUCUGAAGGUAACGAAUACGCCGGGGACGGCAAAGGUCUUGGUUUGAAUCUUACCUGGACUUGUUUUAUUUUCAAACUGAAAAACGUCCUUUUCAAAAAAUAUUGUCGUCGUAAUUUUGUCUGCUUAUGUUUUGUCGGCUUAGUUGCCAUUUUGUAGAAUUGUUAAUUUUUUUUACAUUAUAUUGGUUUAAGCGUUCUGAUUUACCUCUGCUGUUCAAACUGGAAUAUAUUGUAAUUUUACUAAACUUGAGUUCGUAUGUUCUCUUUUUGUAUUGCAAGCCAGCUUACAAGUGAUGAGAUGCUUUUCUAGCUGGCAAUUUUUUUUGAGAUUUCUUUCAGCUAUUAGUCAUGCCAGUUGACUAUCGCAAGUGGGACCAUAUUGAGGUCUCCGAUGAUGAAGACGAUACGCAUCCCAACAUUGAUACACCCAGUUUAUACAGAUGGAGGCAUCAAGCCCGCGUUGAAAGAAUGGAGACAAUGAAACAAAAAGAGGAAAACUUUCAAUUUGAAUGGAAAGAAUGGGAAUGUGACUAUAGAAAGGCUGAAAGUGAGUUAAUGGAAGCUAAGAACAGCAACCAGGAUGAUAAAGUUCAAAAGUUGGAGGCAAAAAUCAAUUCUUUGAAAGAGAAGAAACGUGAGCUCGACAAGAAGAAAGAAGAAUUGGAAACUGAAAAGCGAAAGCAACCCUUAAAUGUAGACACACUAUCUACUCCAGGCUUCACAUCAUCUCGUGUCAACACAGCUUCGCUCGAUCACGAAGACAGGACUAAGGAGAUAUCAGAAGAUGAAAAAGCAAAACGCCAAAUAGAGUUCAAUAAAAAGUGGGGUAAAAAGAUUAAAGAGUUUGGAAUGAUGAACAAGCCGACUGAUAGUCAAGCUUUUUUGACAAAGAACCCCGAUCUCGUAUGCGAGGAAACGGCUAAUUAUUUAACUUUGUGGUGCAUUGACUUAGCUGUAGAAGAGAAGUUUGCGCUAAUGGAACAAGUUUCCAGUCAAGUUAUUUCUAUGCAAUAUAUGCUAACAUUGGGAAAAGAAUUGAAACUGGACCCUAGAGCUGCAGUGAGACCAUUUUAUGACCGUUUGAACAAAGUGAACCAGGAGUACAUGGACGUUUUCAAUGAUGAAGUGAGUGCAUUCCGAACCAGAAUCAGAAAUCGGGCCAAAGAGAGAAUCGAAGAAGCGAUGAAAGAAGUAGAAGAGGAGGAAAGGCAGAAAAGACUUGGGCCCGGAGGCUUAGACCCCGUUGAAGUGUACGAAGAAUUGCCAGAUGACCUCAAGAAGUGUUUUGACACGAAGGAUAUUCAGAUGUUGAAAGACACUUUUGAAAAGUAUGAACCAGCCGAGGCGCAAGUGUUGCUGAAAAAAUGCAUUGAUAGCGGACUUUGGGUACCCGACAAGAAUGCAGCGGCUUCUGAGGAAAAAGAGGACGAAGAAACUGCAGUUGAGGGUCAAGGAGACAAUGAAUACGCAACUGUUUCGAACGAAGAAAAGGCAGAUUUGGCAUAAUUUUGAUGAUCUAAUUUAAGCACAAAAAGAGAACGUGGAGGCACUGCACUGUUUACCAACUGAAUGAUACCCUAAAUUGUAUUUUGCUUGAUAUGUUGAGAUUUUUUUUACCAGUAGUCAAUUUUACGAUAAAUAUGUCAAAUAUUAUUGUUAUGUCAGAUUAAUUUGAUAAAGUUAAACA